CCUCAAAAAACCAGGUAAGCAAAAGCAAAAUUAGCAUGCAAAUUCAGAAUCUGAGAAGCCGUAUCCACAAACAGAAAGAUUCUUCCCCGGUGUGUUCUUAGCCUGAUCUGAAUUCUGUAGGAUCAGAAUCCUGAAGAGAAUACUCUACUGCUACUCCCCUUUCCUUUAUCCCAAGACAUUUCAAGAAUCGUGGGGGCCGGCCGGGGCAAUAAUCCAUUAUGGUUGGAGCUAUUGUAUCCACAAGUUCAAUUGCCGACACCCAACACCCAACCCCCCGUUUCUGCAUAAACCCCCCCAACUGCGGCGAUUCUUAUAGGUUCUGUUUCAGGGCCCGCGGAGGAGAAGUGGGUUUCUGGAGAAGCUUGCAGGGAAGGCGGCAGUUGAAGCUGGGCAGUAGGGCUGCAAAUGGGGUUUCCAGAAAGAGGCAGAAAGUCAGGAAAUUUGUUGUUUUUGGUGAGCUCAAAGGACAGACGGACGACUCCUUUAAUGAUGUCAAAGAGGAGAUAGUGAAUGUGAUGACAUAUAAAGCUGUAAGAACCGUUCUUCACCAAUUGUAUGAGCUGAAUCCCCCGCAGUACACGUGGUUCUACAACUUUAUUGCAACGCAAGGGCCCAACACCGGGAAGGGGUUUCUCAUGGAACUUUUCAAGGAAAGACGGGAGCUUGCAGAAAGAGUGAUGAUAACGCGUCUCCACUUGUAUAGCAUAUGGAUGAAGAGAUGUGAUCACGCAGAAAUGUACAAAAGAAUCUCCAAAGAGAACGUUGAGAUGAUGCGGGAGCGCCUCUUUCAAACUGUUAUAUGGCCAUCUGAAGAUGAUGAAAAUGCAGAAAAUAUGGAUUCAUAGGACAUAUAUAUAUAUAUAUGCUUUCCUUCCAAGAUUUUCCGCUUCAUUGGUUCAUUUUCUCAUCUUGAUAAACAAAAUUGUCUUCUGUCUACCAUAGACUGUUCUGAAUGCUGCUAUCUCAUUUGUAUUGCUGGUAGAAUUUAACAAUGUUUUCUUCUCCCAAAGAAGUAUAUGGGACUUAGAGGUUAAUUUAGAGUUCUUAUGGUGGUAUUUAAUAAGGAGUAUGUUACUAGUGUGAUGUUUGUAUUAUAAAAAUAAAACUAAUAUUUCCUACUCGGGACUUAGCGUAGUGGUUUGUUGCCUGA